CGGAGGCAGAUGCACCAAUCAAGUUCAUCAGCUAAUAUUUUCUCCCCGUUUUUCGAAGCUAUUCUUUCCAAAAAGAAAAAUGGCUCUCAUCUCCCAGUUGUUUGGUGAUGAAAUUUAUGACCCCUUCCUUACUAUGGUUAACAAAUGCCCUGUCCUUAACGCCCCAACAGAUUGGAAGGAAACCCCGGAGGCCCAUGUGUUUGUAUCUGAUCUCCCAGGGCUCAAGAAAGAGGAAGUGAAAGUCGAGGUUGAUGAUGGGAGGGUGCUUAAUAUUAGUGGAGAAAGGAAUGUGGAAAAGGAUGACAAAAAUGAUAAGUGGCACAGAGUUGAACGCUGCCGAGGCAAGUUCCAUAGGAGUUUUAGGCUGCCAGAAAAUGCAAAGACUGAUGAAGUCAAGGCAUCAAUGGAAAAUGGAGUGCUUGUGGUGACUGUCCCCAAGCAAGAAGUGAAGAAACCAGAGAAGAAAGUGGUUGAGAUUGAGGAGAUCAAGGGUUGAGAAACUGAAGUAAUGGUAUGAUUGAAAUAAUAUCGUUGUCAUGUUUUCUCUAAGUGAGUGUUUAUGUUUGUUCAAUGUGCAUACUUGUAUUGCAUGCAAAGUUAUAAAUAAAGUUCAUUGAUGUGCUUGU